UUUUAUAUUACAGUUGUACUGCAGGUAUUCAUUCUCCUUAAAAUUCAACUUUUCCCCUCUAAUCUGUUGGUCAAUAGGCUGAUGGUGUUGAUUUGUGACUGAAUGUUGCCUUUGUAUCAGACUCAGAUAUUUGCUAUUGCGAGGAAGUGUAUUAUAGGCAAACAUUUUAAAUGCAUUUGUUAAUUCAUAUUUUUUAUCUUGCAUUAUUGUUGUUUUGUAAAAAGUUAUUUUGCUAGAUUUCUUGAAGUGUGUUGAAGUUCUGACAUCCCUUUGGUUAAUGUUUACCAAAUAUGUUACAAAAUUCUUCCUUAAAUAAAGCAGGUACACAAUAUACAGGGAAGCUUAUAGAAUCCAUGUUUUUAUUAAUAAAAUGAAAUUUCAAGAGACAGUGUUAUCUAGUUAAUUAAUUCAGCAAGAACUCUUGCUCUUGUUACCAUAUCAGACAUAAUUAAAAAAAGUGUUCUUUGUCCAAGACAAGGGACUGGUAUUAGCAAAUGUUGAUCUGGCUUUUCAAAUAUGCUGGCUUCUGCUGUGCAGCCAGUAACAGUCACAAAUUCAGUAGCUUUAUUUUUCUUAUGCAGGAAGAGUCUACUGGCUUAUUUUUUAAAAGUAGAGCCACCUAAAAAUUAUAGCAGUUAGUAGUUUUGAGAAACUUCUGUAACACUGAAAUACAUUUCAAUUUUUUUAAUUUUAUGUCACAAGAUUAUACAGUCUUAAAAUAUCAGUUAUUUUGAGGAGUUUGAAGUGUAAGACUUGAAGCAGGACUACAGAAAACUUUCCUUUUGGUAGUCUUAUUUAUAAUAUGAAUAAUGAGGUGGAUAAUAACAUGAAAACUUGUGCUGAGCAUCAUUAAACUUGAGACAGAGCUUAAAAUGUUGGUCACUGCAUGUGCCUUGUCUAACCUGGAAUUUCUUUGUUAAUCACCAGCAGAGCUCAACUGAUGAUGUUCCUAUUAAGGAAAUCUUGGACUAGAAAUUGAGUAAAAUUUGUAUGUUCAAAUGCAGAGGUGGCCAAACCUCAUGACAUCCAGCUGUGUACCAGAUCUUUAUGUGGCUGAGGAACGCUGCGUGCCUCAGAGCUGGGAUGUGCAAGAGGAGCUCACAGAUGUGGUGACGGUGAUUCCCUAGGGCUCCUGGAUUGCUGCGGGAGGGAACUGAGCUUUAUGUAGCUGGGUUCUCUGUUGGCUCAGGCUCUUGGAGCUGGCACUAGUUCUGUGACAGAGCUGUGCUCGGACUGCUGACGAGUUCGUGUAGCUGAGGCAAUGAAUUGGCCUUGUACAGUUGUAAUAUCAGAAAGCAUCAUGAGCCAUAUCUGCCAUAUGUUUGCAUUGUGUUGUUUUCCACUCUGGCAUCAGCUGUUUUGGUCGGGCGUGUUACAAGCUGCGAUUUGAUGAGCUUGUGAACUUUCACAUCUGCAAAAGUUCACUGUGUUAACAAGCUCAACCAGGUGUUACCUUGCAUCACUUCUUGAAUCGCUUUGUUAUUGUAUAUGCAAAUAAAGCAUAUGAAGUGUAACUAUAGCUUCCUGUCCAUCUACAGUAUUCUCACCUCUGGCUGGAUCCAAAGUAUUAUGCAAAUUCGUUAGCACAUUUAGGCACACCUGUGGGAAGUUCCACUCUAUUUGUAAUGAACUAGCUCUCGGUAUUUUUAAAUUAAUACCAAGAUCCAAUAACUGUUAGAUGUUCUUCCAUUUUCCUCUUGCUAUAUGAAGUAAUCUGAUCCCAGUAUUAGUGGCAUGUUGAUUGUAUGUGAAACGAACAUACUUGUGACAUGCAUUUUUAAUUUCUUACUUCAUAUCUUUUUGUUUCCACUUGACAAAAAAAUCAGAGUUGCACUAGUUUUAAAAAGCCUGUAUCUUGAAGACACAAAAAGUUAACUCAGACAUCACACUUCCUUCUCUGUAAAUGUGAUAAAAACCCCUUCAAGCAACAAAGCUUAAUUCAAUACUCAUGCACUCUCUAUAAUUAUGUCAGCAUAUGGAUGAAUAGGAAGAAUUCACCUUUCAAGAUGUUCUUCAAUAGAGAUCUCUUCCCAGGCAAAGUAGAAGUUCAUAUUAUGCAAAUGGAUUCACUUGAUUCUGGUUACUCAAAGCAGAAGUGCCUUGAAGGAACAGUGUUUUGAGCCUACUUGUGUUAGAACAUUCUGUGGUGCCUACUACUGUAUGCCAUUCAAUUUGUGGUUUAUUUAUGACCGCUCUAUAUAUCAGGCAGUGUUACCUGGAAUUGAGAAAUAUUUUUCUUUAGAGUUUCUAUUAAAUAAGAGGAUGGAUAAUUUUGUUCCUUCCUGAAAAGCAACUUGUAUGUUUAGUGUGACAUUGUGUAUGAAAUCUAUUUAGGACAGUGUUUAGAAGAGUGUUUUUUUUCCCCCUAGUUUGCGGCUUAUGCUUCCUAAUUUCUGGCAAAAAAACCCCCAAGUUUUCAUUAAGAAAAUGAGUUAGACGCUUGGUAAAUUCAAAGUAUACCAAAUUCUUACCAGGUCCAGCUCACAGACAAGCUAUUAAGCUACACAUAUCAAAACCUAAAACACUAAAUCAAGAUCAAUGUGCAGUAAAAUGUGGUAUUAGCUGUAGAGUACUACUUGUUACAGAGAUGAAACCUGGGGAAUGCUGAAGUUGCUUUAUGCUGAAGGUUAUUCAUCAGUGAAUGUUAGAAUAAGCUUUUCUACAGUCAUUGCGAAAAGAGCUGGUUGGAUGCCUUAAUUUGUGCCCAAGAUGUAUGCAGUGUGAUACAAAAUUUGACUUCAUAACUAGAAAGCAUCACUGCAGAAGGUGUGGAAAGUGUUUCUGUGACAAGUGCUGCAGUAAAAAAGUGCCUCUGCCUCGCAUGUGCUUUGUGGACCCUGUGCGGCAGUGUGCUGAAUGUGCCCUCAUCUCUCAGAAAGAAACAGAGUUUUAUGACAAACAGCUUAAAGUACUCAUGAAUGGUGCCACAUUCUUUGUAACUCUAGGAACAUCUGAUAAAUCUGAGCUCAUGGUUUGUCGACUUUCCAACAAUCAGAGAUAUCUGGUUUUGGAUGGAGACAGCCACUAUGAAAUUGAAAUUAUACAGAUUUCAACUGUUCAGAUACUUACAGAGGGAUUUACUCCUGGAGAAAAAGAUAUUCACACUUACACCAGCCUUCUGGAGAGCCAGCAUAUUACUGAAGGAGGUAAUACUCGUGCCAUAGGUAUGAUUCUGCAGUAUAAGGUACCAGGAUCAGAGGAGCUAACGCAGAUGAAAUUUACAGCUAGUGAAGACUUCAGCUGUAACAAGAAGCUGUCAGCAAGCUGGCUGGCAGCUAUGCAUAAGGCAACAAAACUUCUUUAUGAGUCCCGGGACCAGUAAGAACAGCAAACUGUUGGCCACUUGAGGGAAGACACCAGCCUCCAUGGACCUGCCUCUCACUUUUUGCUAAUUUGACAGCUGGUAACAUUUGCUGUUCUUGACCCUUUCUCAUUCCAGUGUGGUUCAUUAUGUAAGAGCUGGCAAAUGCAAUGUGAGUAUGAGUAUUCACUAUAGUGUGCAAUAUGUAUACAAUUAAUGCUUUAAACAGCCUCACCUUUUAAGACUUUGUAUAUUUUGUUAAGCCUUUAUUGGCACUUAAUAUGAAAGUGACCUGCACUACAGCUAAUGUACAGCACAACUUUUAUAGUAACAAUUAUAAAUAGUUUGCUACAAAAAGCAAACAAAUGUGUAUGUCUCUUCUGCAGAGAAUAGCUUUUGGGUAUAGAUCUCAGGUUUUUCCCUCUAUCCAAAUGUUUAAAAUUGAUGUACAAUAAAAUCUGCCUUAGAUAUGAUUUUUAUAGAAAUCACUUGGGUUUUUUUAAACAUUUCAUUUUAAACAUAUAAAUACUUCACCAAAUACCACCAAAUUGGACUUACAUAAACAUGACCUUGAAACUUAACUUCUGUAAUAAAUAAGCUUCCAGAAUAAUUUUUAGUUUUGUAUUUUUUUUGGUAACUAGCUUUUGUUAAUCUAACUGUAACGCUAGCUGAAAUUGUAUACAAUUUAAUGUACAAAUAUGAAUAAAUUAAUUCACUUAUU